AUGGUUCGAACUAAAUGCUCUGCCAAGGCAAUCCGAGUACAAAUGGGAUCAGAGCAGAACAUCGGAUGGUCUGUUUCGAAUUCCAUACGUUAUCACCGAUGCUAUGCGGCUGUUGGACGCAUGCCUGGUCGUAACGUGUUGAUGUUAGAAGCGAACAAUAUGGCCACAUGCAUCGAGCAUGAUAUUGUGGUGCAUGAACUGAUGCAUACGAUUGGUUUGUGGCAUGAGCACAUGAGACGUGAUAGAGACGAGUACAUCAAGAUUCACUCAAGUAAUGUUGCGCCGCGUGAGAUGCUUUGCACACAAAUCAAAUUCCAUCGCUAUAUUUCUCAGUUCGAUCAAGUGCCUGAAGGUGAGUCAGAUACGUACGGAAUUCGAUACAACUACAGAAGUUUGAUGCAUUAUGGCAAGAACGCGUUCGCGAAACGCCGUGGAUUAGUCACUAUAGAAACCAUUGAUCCAGCAUUUCAGGAUGUAAUCGGCCGUGCCCAAGAUGCAGCGCCAAGUGAUUAUUAUAAGAUUUGUUCGAUCUAUGAUUGUGGUGAAUGUAUGGGGAAAACGUUCAGUCGAGUUCAACCCGAUGACCCGCAUCGGCGAUCACUGUUAAAUAUUUUAAUGGAAACAACAAUCCAACCACCACCAAAGGCAGAAUUUACAGCCAAGAAUUCAGUUACCAAACCAGAAGCGUCGAAUUCAGACCACAACUUUAAUUUGUUCGAGUCAAUAUUUUCAUUCUUGAAAAGGUUAUUUCAAAAAUCUGAUCGAUAA